GCUCCAUGGCCGGAGGGUGAGUUCAGGUCAGUUCCCCGCUGUUUUACCUGUUCGCCGAGCUGACUGCCUCACUUUGCCCGGAUUAUGAGGGAGGAAGAUGCGGAGAGGCACGGAGACUCGUUGCCUGAGCAGUCAGAGCUGGUGGCGUCGAGUCCGGUCAGCGUGAGGCGGGAGCUGCCGUCCAGGCUGUGCGGUUACCUCAACAAACUGUCCGGGAAGGGGCCGCUCAAGGGAUUCAAGAGCCGCUGGUUUGUCUUCGAGCCCCUUCACUGUCACCUGUAUUACUUCAAGGGCUCGAGCGACGCCAUCCCGCUGGGCUUCAUCGACAUCGCCGAUUCCUCCUUCACCUACGACUUGGAGGCUGAGGAGGGUCAAUUUGAGAUUCACUCAGGAGGGAGGGAUUACACUCUGAAGGCUCCCAGUGCACAAGCAAUGAGAUACUGGCUACAAGAAUUACAGCAGAAGAGGUGGGAAUUUCGUAAUAAUGCUACAGCUGGAUCAAAGGAUAAUCAAGUAUCACUCCUACUCCCUUGUUCAACUACUGGUCUAGUUGCUAAAGAUAUAGAUGUGCCCUGUCUUUCACAAGUAACAAUGGACUUCGAUGAAAGUGCGAGAAACGUAUUAGAUGUAGUCGAUGUCCCAGAAACUCUGGUGGGUGAGCGAGCAGCAAGCUAUCCAUCUCCUGUACACCCCACGACUAUUAAUUUCUCUUUGAAGCAUUGGGGAACAGAAAUCAGAAAUUCAAUGUCGAAUCUGAAGCCAGGAAGAGGAAAUAAUGAAAACCGGAGAAGUGUCUUCUACACUGAAGACUGGGAGCUGAUUGAUCCCAGCCUCAAAGAACUGGAAGAGGCAGCAGCACAUGAAGAAAAGAGAAAAAGUUCCACAGAAGCAAAUAGAGGGUCGGCAUUCUCUUUUGAUUUCGCAAGGGCAACGCGAGUUAAACGUCCACCAUUCUUGAGAGACAUGAUCGGAACAUCAAAGAAUCGGAAUAGCAGUGAGUCAUCACCUGUAGAAUGGAUUGUUACCAAUGGAAAGGCAACAACAGAGAUUCAGGCCAGAAUUCAAUCUCAGCAGGAGGAAUUGAACAAGGUGAAAGAAGAUUUAAUCAGUCAAAAGGAGUUGGUGCGACUGUUACAGCAAACAUUGAAACAUUCCCAGCAAGAAAAAUACUUGUUCAACAUUGGUACUUCAAUGGAUGAAGGAAUAUCUCAGCUUUUGCAGCAGAAAGACCACCAGAUAAAGGCCCUCAAUAAUCAGCUGGAUCACAUUAACCAACAGAAAGACCACUUGGAGCAAGAAUUAAAAGCAAUACAAGAUAAAAUGACUGGGCUCAAUGACCAGCUUAACAUGUUCCGAGAAACCAUUCAAGCCAAAGAUGAAGUGAUUAUGAAAUUAUCACGGCAGCUCAAUGAAUGUGAGAACAAUCACUCGCCCCCCUGUGACUUCUCAGGAUCUGAUCUAGCACCCUCUGUAUAUAAGGAACUGCAAGAGUUAGAUACUCUAAAGGACAGUCUUCAAGGUUAUAAGACACAGAACAAAUUCCUUAACAAGGAGAUUCUGGAACUAUCUGCGCUUAAGCGAAAUGCUGAAAUGAGGGAGAAAGCUCUAGAAGCAAAGUAUUCUGGCCUGGAAGCUAGACUGUGCCAAGUAGAGAGCAAGUACCUUGUUCUCCUUCAGGAAGUUAAGAAUCCUAUUUGUUCUGGAGGAAAGGGUCCUACACACGAAGUAAUUUCCAGACUUCUGGAAGAUGCUUUGAAGGUGGAUAGUGCUGAACAUGCUGAACAAACUACUCUCAAACCGCAUCCUGUCAGUGAGUACGACAUUUAUGGCUUCAAGACUGUCCCUGAAGAUGAUGAAGAGGAGAAGUUGGUUGCCAAAGUUCGGGCUUUAGAUUUAAAAUCUCUGUCACUCACUGAUAGCCAUGAGAUAUCUGUGGGAGUCAAGUGGGCAAAUUACUUUGCUAGCACUAUGAACCGAGAAAUGGUGCGCACACCAGAACUGAAGAACCUAAUUCGCUGGGGUGUUCCACAUGAACAUAGGUCAAAGGUCUGGAAAUGGUGUGUCAACCUCCAUGUCCGAAAAUACAGGGAUAAACAUAAUUCAGGGUAUUUUAACUCAUUGCUGGAAAAAGCACUAGAGAAACAGAAUCCUGCUUCGAAGCAAAUCGAGCUGGACCUUAUGCGCACUUUGCCAAACAAUAGGCACUAUGCCUCACCAACUUCUGAAGGAAUACAAAAACUUCGAAAUGUCCUAUUGGCAUUUUCCUGGAGGAAUCCAGAUGUGGGAUACUGCCAAGGCUUAAACAGGUUGGCAGGAAUAGCACUUCUGUACCUGGAACAAGAGGAGGCGUUUUGGUGUCUAGUUGCUAUUACGGAGUGUUUUAUGACUCCAGACUAUUAUACAAAGAACCUGAUUGGGUCACAGGUUGACCAGCGAGUAUUCAAAGACUUGCUAAGUGAAAAGUUGCCGCGAUUACACACUCACUUUGAGCAGUACAAGGUCGAUUUCUCUCUCAUCACCUUUAACUGGUUUCUCGUGGUAUUCGUGGAUAGUGUUGUCAGUGAUAUCAUGUUCCGUAUCUGGGAUUCAUUCCUGUAUGAAGGUCCAAAGGUUAUAUUCCGAUAUGCACUUGCAGUCUUCAAAUUCAAGGAGGACGAGUUUCUGAAGCUUCAGGAUAAUAUGUCCAUAUUCAAGUAUCUGAGAUAUUUCACCCACACUAUUCUUGAUGCACGAAAACUUACCAACAUCGCCUUUGUGGACAUGAAUCCCUUUCCAAUGCGGCUGAUCCAUAGUCGCAGAACAUUCCACUUGGAGAAGGUGCGCCAGGAGUUGAGUGAACUUGAAGCAAUCCGCCAAGAUUUUCUCCGGGAACGUGAAACUGCAACCCCGGAACGGAGGGAUGUGAUCAGUGAUGACGACGAGGAGACCUAAGUGCACUUGCAGUCCUAUUUUCGGACUGAACGGCCUCUCCGCAUAACAGAACCUGUAAGAAUGGCCCAGAAACGCACCUAGAAUUUCCCAACUAUCUGCUUAGGAGAUAAUCCUAGGGCUACCUAGUAUGCUGAGCUGUUGGAGGACAGUUCCCUGGUUGUCAGCUCAGUCAGGUGGUGGGAGCUUUGAUGAGGUGAGUGCUCCAACAUGGAUCACUAUUCCCUCCUUGUUAGGCUGCCCACCUUUUGACGGCUAAGUAUACCUGUAUCAGUCAUCUGCUUUCAACUGAAUGUUCUAGCGAGGCCAAUGGCUCUUUUUGGCAAUCUCUUUAUAUAUAAGAAAAAGUUAUUUUUUGAGUUGCUUUUCAUCCUCAAAGUAAACUUAAUCUUCCAUCAUGAAAGAAAUAUGCUGAGCAUAUUUCGCUGUAAGUGCACAUGAUGGAAGAUUGUGUCAAACUAACCUUUGGACUGACAAUGGACAUGUGCCAGAUAGCAGCACUUAGAACACUCCGCUUACCUUUUGCUCUUAAUGAUGACAAAAACUGUCUGUUCUGGUUAGCCAAUUAUGGGACCAAUAACAAUUAUCUGAAGAUCCUAACUAGCGUAAUUUGAUUGUCUGCAUUGGCUUCGAUCUUCGCUUGUUUAUCAUAUCAGUAUUUUGGGAAGCGGGCUUCCUUAACAACCAAAAAUUAUUUUGUAUUAAAUAUGGAGGAAAAUACUUUAAAAUUAUUUUUGCAUGCGAUUUCCUUCUAAAUAUUAAGGAAAAGGGAAAAUGUGCUCCUUGAUGUAAUUUAGCCUUGCUCAGACGAUCAAUUCACUACAAUAUUGUGCGUUUUGAAAAUCUUGGUGUUGAUAAAUCUUGAAUUAAGCUUCAUCUCCAUUGAUUAUUCAACUGAAGUAUGAUUUCAUGUUUACACUCAGAUGACCUUCAUUGAUCACUUAUAACAUCAGUCAGCCCAUUUGUCACUUCACAAAAUGUCACUUGUGAAUUCUAUAAUCCACAUUAUCUGUCACAAUUUCUUGAGGAUUGUUUCCUCAGUUUACAAUACUGGCUACAAAGUGGAAUUUGAAAUGUUUCACAUUGGUUCAUUUUUGACACUUGAAUUUUGUUUUGUCUGUAUUGCACCGUGAAUUGGCACUGGAAAUUGUGUGUAGCUAUAAUGACUGUGACACUUAAGUUUGGCAAUAAGACAAAAUCUUAACUGUAACCUGAGAGUGGAAGUUCUCACCCUGAUUCACCUUCCACUGAAACAGCAAGGAAGGACAAAAUGUAGUACAACAUGGAUCAACACCAAGAUACAUAUUAUUUUGGUGAAACAAGACCAUAUUUCAAAACCCAAUACUAGUUUCAUGAGUUUGAGUUGUGUUUGAUGUGUACCAGACCAGGAUUAUUUUACACUUAGGAUGUCUCAUGUAAGUUUUGUCCCUGAAGUUCACUAUAAUUUGACUAUAGGGAUGUUCGAGGAGCAUGUAAGUACCUUUUGCUGGCAGUGGACCUCUAUAUUAAAUGGUUAUACAGUGGUAUGCAGUCUUGUGUUCAGACUUUUUGCAAAUGAUAUUUUCUUAACUGAAAUGUAGGAGCUGAUCUAAUGUCUGAAUGUCUAUAACCAUAUUGCUAUAUCUCCGGUACAUAAACGUUUCGGGGUGAGCCCCACAAAUUGAGUUUCCACAUGACCAGUACCUGAAGAAAGCAGGAAAAUAUUUUGUUUAUGCUGAAUGUUGACUUUUUUGUUUAAAACAUUUGUUUCCAUAUUCUUGAUUUCAAAAGCACAUCAUUUUGUAUGUUCAAUUAAGUAUAAAGGAAAUUUGUUUUGUGAUUCUGAACAUUAAACUGAUUUUUCCACAA